GUAGCGCUAGCGUUUAGCCAUCUUGAAGGUUUUCGUUUCGUGUGAAGAAAAGCGCCACUCAUUCGCAUCGCAUCAGCCUUUAUCUUAUUUCAAAUGUAACAUGUCAACUUGUCAUCGGGCCAAACAUUCAUUGGCUCAUUAACAGCAUUUUUGCGGCUUGUUUGUUGCGACGUAGUCCUGUUGGUGGUGGUAAUGCGCCACAGAGCAGCCCAACAAUAGCAGUAGAAGAAGAACCGUGUUACUGUCAACAGAGUAAUGUUUGACAGCAUUUCUGUAACUAUAAACUAGCGUUCACCUUCAGGUUUGAAUGUUUUCAUUUAUCGCGUUUUUAAGAAAUGUCUGACAGACAGCAUUGUUUGUGCUGCUCUCAUCCCGUCUCCUCUGCUGGUGUUUACCAGACGCUGUACGAAAUGGAUUUUGAACGAGGUAUCUGGUCUGCUGCAAUGAAUGGAGACUUGGAGCGGGUAAAGUCCUUAGUGCAGAAGGGGACAGACCCUAAUUUGAGAGACUCAGCUGGAUACACCGCUCUGCACUAUGGAAGUCGCAGUGGUCAUCUCUCUGUGUGCAAGUUUCUUCUUGAGAACGGUGCCUGUGCGUCUCCGCAGACGCCAGGCGGGGCCACGCCGCUCCAUCGAUCAGCUUACUGCGGUCAUCUGAAUGUGGUAAGACUCCUUCUGCAACACAGAGCAGAUCCAGCACUCUGUGAUGAUGAUGGCAUGUCCCCUUUACACAAGGCUGCAGAAGGGGGUCACGAAGAGGUCUGUCAGCUCCUUGUUGAGCACUGCCCAGCACUCCGCAGCCAGAUGAACAAGAGGCUCCAGCUACCCUACCAGCUGGCACAGCAGGGAGACCUGCAGGAGCUCUUAAAACCCCCCUGUUGAUGGCAGAUGCACUGAACCUGAGGCAUGCUGUGUUACUAAGAUCACACGAAUGAUCUCCCACAUUUUCCUUAGCAAGCAUCAGCAUUCGUGUUUGGAAGAGAAAGUUACAGCUGUUGACGAGAACUGAGACGUGGUGAGGAAAUGGAUUCGGAAGUGGGAAGAAUCAAUUGAACACGCCCAGCUUUUGAGCUGAAGUGCUCUUGGUGGCUUAAUGUUAAGAUAACUGAUGGUGCAUUAUAAGCUUUGAUGUGUAUUUGUGGAAUUAAAUUUAUAUCCGGACUCCUACGUUUGGUACAAGACCCAAAACAGUCACACAACUUAGCAAUAGCAAGACAAGGACAACAUGCCAGUGCAGAGAUCAUUUGAAAGGUGCAAUGAUGUCACAGAACUUGAACUCGGAGUGUAUUAAAACUGUACGCCAAAUUCUCGCCUGUUUUGGGGCACUUUUAUCUAAAAAUGAUCCUUGUUGAACUUUAAAACUCUUAACAGUAGGGGGAGCUGUUGUCCUAAAAGGGCUGGACACUUUCCCUGGGACACCAUCUGAAUUAGAUGGCAACAAGCACAAAGUGACCUCAUUCAAUCCUCCCAGCACAUUGCUGGAGAACUAAAUAGCGUAACUGUGAGAAAGAGGGAAAUCUGUUACAGCUGAUAGCAAGACAUCACAGAAGGACACUAGUGUCCAGGCAGUUUAUGUUUAUGCAGCCGUACUGCUGAUAUAUAUUAGUGAACUAAUUCCAGCAGGUUUUUUUCUGGUUUUUGGUCAUUUAAAAAAACAAACAAACAUGGGCCAGCUUAAAAAGGAUAAAUGGACUGGUACGUAUGUCACACUUUUUAACCCGAACUGUGCCUUCAAAGUGUUGUUCACAACAAGCCACAUUCACCCAUUCCUACAGCACUUUAUUCUGUGUAUUUAAGUGCUUUCUAACUAUAAGGCACACAAUGGAUGGCAAUUUGGGUUUCGGUAUCUUUCCAGGGAUAAUUUAACACAUGAGCUGGAGGUGCUGGGACUCGAACCACACAACCAAUUGACCGACUUGACCUCCUGAGCCACUGUGGGAUGUUAGUUGUUUCUACUUUACUAGUUUUACGACUGUAUUUGAGGAAGCUUGUGGAACCUUCUGCUUCUGGUGCAAAGCAUUAACACUUUUCUGCACCGAGAUGUUGUUAGUUGUGAGUCUCAGGAUUUCAGAAUUAAGUUAAACCAUAUGAGUGUCUCACAUUCUUAACGGUCUGCUGAUUUUUAGCAUGUAAAGCUUCUAACAAAAAAAUAGCAAUUAUUAGCUGUUUUUGUUUGUUUUGUACUGAGAUUACUUGUUCAUUUUUAAGUAAUCAGACACAGGUCACAUGACUGAAGGAGGCCCGGAGGUGAAAAACCUAUGGAAGUAUUUCCUUAUACUGAAACAGAUGGAAAUACUUGUGUGACCAUUAUCUCACAUGCUUACUUAUUCAAAGCAUGUACAAUAAGUAACACAUGCACAUAGGAGAGAUACAUUUUCCUCUCAGCCUCCUACAGAUGUGUGGGUAUUAGUGCGGUCUGCACAGAUACAAACCCACGACAGAAACCUCUCUCUGCAGUCUGAGGAACUUUCAUUGGGUCCGCUGGUGGGUGGUGUUUCCAAACUACCUUCAAACCACAUCCAUGCCGUGACUGGAGGGGUGCCAGGCCACAUCUGGAGCUGAUUGCAGCUGACGCCACACAGCACAGAGAGAUAGGGUGUUGAGGGGUAGAUGGGGUGGGAUUGGGGGUAUUUUAGCUCCGAGAACUAAGCCAAGAGAGCUGUUUAUGCUCAGUGACAAGUUCCUCCUUGCACACAGCUGAGGAACUGUAUCUGGGAUAACCCGUUUUGAUUGCCACAUGUCUGUAAUAGCAGGGUGGUUGGCUCGCCUUUUUUUUUUCUUUUUUCUUUCUUGUCUGAAUGGCAUUAAGGAGGGAAAAAAAAGCACAUUCUGCUCUUUAAGUUGAACCAGUAAUUUUGACUGGCACACAGACUGUCGGACCCACCCACAGCACCCUGUGAUUGCUCCCCUGCCAGGCUGUAUGGAACACAAUCAGAGUUGAUGGUGAUGCAGAUUUGGUAGCAGUGAGUGAGCUAAUGAAAACCCUCUGUGUCACUUGAUAAAACUGGAGGAAACCUUAAGGGCCUUGGUCUUUAAUUUUUCAUGACCUGGUUUGAGUUUGAGAGUUGUUUAUGUGAGAAAAAAAUCUGGCCUGCAUGAGUGAAAAUCAAAUGCUUGGUCAGGAAAGACCCAUUUUUUGCCACACAUUUUAAAAAUCUCUUUGAAGCAUCUGUGCUACUUCAUUUUUCUCAGAUUUUUUAUGUUAAAGCAAAGGAAGAAUGCAGCGUGAUUUUAACGGCUGUUUUCUGAGAGGCUUCGCAUAGUGUGAGGACUUGGGAAGGACUCCACAAGAUGAGGAAUUUGGACUGCAGCUCUGUUUAGCAAGAUUUAUUUGGAAAGCAAUGAAACUUCCUGGCCCUGGAACCCACUUCCACCAUAAUGAGCCCAAGUUAAACCAGGACUGGAUGUUAUUUUCCUCAGAAAUAGAAGGUGGUCUGUGUGAAGGAUUUAAAGUUGGUGUUGGGAACUUUUUAGUCUAAGUAUUGAGA